UGUUACUUACUCUGCUGAGUGGAACUGUCCCCUGAGGUGUUGAAUAGACACACUGUGUUAUAUUACUAUAAUACUUACCACAGGAUAAUGAACCUGACAGCUGAGAGUCACUCUGUUCCUCUGAGUGAUGGAAACAGCAUUCCUCUGAUAGGACUGGGAACCUAUGGGGAUCCACGGCAGACACCUAAGGGGACUGCAUAUGAGUCAGUAAAACUGGCCAUUGAAGUGGGGUACAGACACAUUGAUGGAGCUUUGGUCUAUUUUAAUGAACAUGAGGUGGGACAAGCUAUAAGAGAGAAAAUUUCAGAUGGAACUGUGAAGAGAGAGGACAUUUUCUACUGUGGAAAGUUGUGGAACACAUUCCAUCCUCCUGAGUUGGUACGACCUGCUUUGGAGAGAACAUUGAAGACAUUGCAGCUUGAUUAUGUUGAUCUUUAUAUUGUGGAGAUGCCCACAGCUUUCAAGCCAGGAGACACAUUCUACCCAAGAGACGAGAAUGGCAAGUACAUUUAUCAUGACACAGACCUUUGUGCAACAUGGGAGGCAUUGGAAGCCUGUAAAGAUGCUGGGAUUAUUAAAUCACUUGGAGUGUCCAAUUUCAACAAACGCCAACUGGAGUUAAUCCUGAACAAACCUGGACUUAAAUACAAACCUGUGUCAAACCAGGUUGAGUGCCAUCCCUAUUUCACCCAGCCAAAAUUGCUGGACUUCUGCCGCCAAAAGGACAUUGUUAUUGUGGGAUAUAGCCCUUUGGGGACAUCUAGGGAUGCAUCCUGGGUAAACCUUUCGUGUCCUCCAUUGCUGGAAGAUGAGUUACUGGUGUCAAUUGCUAAAAAGUAUAAUAAGAGUCCAGCGCAGGUGGUCCUGAGGUUCAAUGUGCAGAGAGGAGUGGUGGUCAUCCCCAAGAGCUUCAGUCCUGUUCGCAUAAGGGAGAACUUUCAGAUCUUUGAUUUCUCUCUCUCUGAUGCUGAGAUGAAUGCAAUUGAAGGACUGAACAAGAACAUUCGCUUUGUGGAGCUGCUUAUGUGGUCGGAUCAUCCAGAAUAUCCAUUUCAUGAUGACUACUAGACUACACUGUUAUGAAGAUGCAACUCGUACUUGAUGAGAAACAAGCUGGUUUCCGUUUUCCUAAUUGUGCCUGAACUUGGAAAUUAUUUUACGCACACAUUUAAGCCUAUAAUAACUGCGAAAGAAUAUAUGAAAUUGUUGCAAACUAGAUUUAUGCUACUUUUAUGCAAACAAGCAAUGUUUUCACCAAAUGAAGUAUGUCAUGUAAUUCUGAUAUUUAAAAAGCUUUUGUUAUUCACACCGAUGUGUCUUCUCCACAUUUUAAGUGGAGAAUGGCUGCUGCACUUGAUUCAUGCUACUUUUAUUUAGAUAAGAGAUGUGUUUGUCAAAUAAAGUAUGUCUACAACUUUUUUUGACUGAUGUGAUAUGUAUCAAUUCCGCAUUA